CGUGGCCUGGAGCAGCGGCUCUCACGUUCCCACAGCAGUACACGAUAAUGCACUGGGCCAGGCGUAUCGAGCAGGAGAUUGACAGAGUCUUUCAACAAAUCACAGGGGCUCAGCAGUUGAAAGGGAUCUACAACGAAGAGAGACGACGAUUUAGUUUGGUGAAGAAUCAGCCUCGGAAGAUUGUGGAGAAGGUGGCCUCAGACAUCGAGAAGCUUCUGGCUAAGAAGCGCAAAGCCCUGGAUAGGUUAGCCAGUGAGGCAGAGCGGCUCCAGCGCGAGCAUCUAUGGCAGGAUGGAAUCAAGGAGCUAGACAUGGCUUACUAUGACUCCAAGGCUGAACUGGAUUAUUAUUCCAUGGAUGGAGAAGGAGAGGUGGAGAAUCCCUCCCAUAUCAAACUGGAGUUUGUUUACGAUCCAAACUUCAAAAACAACGUCAACUAUUCAUACACGGCUGUUCAGAUCCCCACAGAUAUUUAUAAAGGAGCUCCGGUCAUUCUGAAUGAACUGAAUUGGACGCAGGCGCUGGAGAAAGUCUUCAUGGAGAACAGUCGCGAGGACCCGUCAUUGCUGUGGCAGGCGUUUGGGAGCGCAACGGGAGUCACUCGCUACUAUCCAGCGACACCGUGGAAAGCGCCAGAUAAAAUUGACCUGUAUGACGUGAGGAGGAGGCCCUGGUACAUCCAGGGCGCAUCAUCCCCUAAAGAUAUGGUUAUUCUCGUCGAUGUGAGCGGCAGUGUCAGUGGACUCACCCUAAAACUGAUCAAAGCGUCAGUGGUGGAAAUGCUGGACACUCUGUCUGACGAUGAUUACGUCAACGUGGCCAGGUUUAACGAGAAGGCCGAGGCGGUGGUUCCGUGCUUCAAACAUCUCGUCCAGGCAAACGUGCGCAACAAAAAGAUUUUCAAAGAGGCAGUGCAGCAGAUGCAGGCCAAAGGCACCACCGACUACAAGUCUGGGUUUCAUUUUGCAUUCAACCAGCUGUUAAAUAAGACAAAUGUCCCCAGGGCAAACUGCAAUAAGAUAAUCAUGCUGUUUACUGAUGGAGGAGAGGACAGAGCUCAGGAUGUCUUCAUGCAGUACAACUGGCCAAACAAAACAGUUCGAGUGUUCACCUUUUCUGUGGGUCAGCACAACUAUGAUGUCACACCCUUACAGUGGAUUGCAUGCACCAAUAAAGGUUACUAUUUUGAGAUUCGCUCCAUCUGUGCUAUAAGGAUUAACACCCAGGAGUACCUCGAUGUGUUGGGUCGCCCCAUGGUUUUGGCCGGCAGCGAUGCCAAGCAGGUUCAGUGGACUAAUGUGUAUCAGGAUGCUCUGGGUCUUGGUAUGGUUGUCACUGGGACAUUGCCUGUAUUCAACCUCACCAUGGAUGGAAACUCACAGAAUCAGCUGAUAUUAGGGGUCAUGGGAGUCGAUGUUCAUCUUGACGAGAUAAAAAGACUGACGCCACGCUUCAAUCUUGGAGCAAAUGGAUACAUAUUUGCCAUCGAUCCAAACGGAUACCUUCUUCUACAUCCUAAUCUCAAGCCAAAGCUCGUGAAUCUCCCUGAACCUGUGACACUGGACUUCCUGGACGCAGAGGUGGACGACAGCAAUAAAGAGGAGAUUCGCAGACAGAUGAUUGAUGGGAGACCAGGUGAAAUGCUGGUCAAAACUCUGAUCAAGUCCAUUGAUGAGCAAUACAUCGAUGAUGUGUACAGAGGUUACACAUGGACUCCUAUUAACGGCACAGAUUACAGUCUUGGUUUGGUAUUACCCCCUUACAACGAGUACUACAUCCAGGCAGACCUGAGUGAUGUGAUGCUGCAGCUCCAGUACAUGCAGUCGCUGCUGCCGAGCUCCUUUGAAUCAUCAGGACACGUGUUUCUGGCUCCAAGGGAAUACUGCAAGCGUCUGCACCUUUCUGACAACAACACUCAGUUUUUGCAGAACUUCCUUUCGCUCAUGCUGGAUAUUUCUCCAGAAUCUGAUGAGUGUGACAAAGGCCUAAUCCACAACCUGAUUCUGGAUUCUCGGAUUAUUGGGCAGUUGGCCUCUCGUGUAUGGAAGAACAAGGACUUGAAUUCGUACGGCUUCUUAGCCGUGUUUGCGUCUACAGAUGGAGGAAUAACACGGGUUUUCCCCAACCUAGCUGCAGAAUCAUGGGAGGAAGAUCCUGAACCCUUUAAUUCAAAUUACUAUAGAAGGAGCCUGGACAACAGAGGUUACAUGUUCAGACCUCCACUCAGAUCCGCCUUGGACGACCCUGUCGUUUCAGAAAACGGAACUGUUGGAAUUCUGGUUAGUUCAGCGGUUGAGGUGAAUUUAGGAGGAAAGAUGCUCAAACCUGCAGUGGUCGGAGUGAAGCUGGACCUGGAAGCUUGGGUCGACAAGUUUAAGAUCCUGGCCAGCAACGUGUCAGACAGUCGUCAGGGCUCGCACAAGUGUGGACCAUCCAGAAGUUGUGAGAUGGACUGUGAAGUGAACACUGAUGACCUCCUCUGCUAUCUCAUUGAUGACGGCGGGUUCCUCGUGAUGUCAAAUCAGAGGGAUCACUGGAAAAAGACUGGCCUUUUCUUCGGCGAUGUUGACCCUUACCUUAUGCACGCGCUCUACAACAACUCAAUUUUCAACCGCCGUCAGUCUUUUCACUACCAGUCUGCGUGUGAACCUGUCAGCAGCAGCCACACUGGGGCGGCACAUCGAGGCAUCUUUGUGCCGUCCAUCGCUGACGUCCUCAGCCUGGCCUGGUGGACGUCCACUGUGGCAUGGUCUGCAGUCCAGCAGAUAUUGUAUGGACUGGCCUUCAACAGCUGGCUCUACAAAGAUGACGUCCUCGUUGACGGGUUCGAGGCGAAACAAAGCAGCUGUGUGACCAUCCAAAGUCAGUUCUAUUUCACAAACACCACCAACUCUUACAAUGUGCUGCAGGACUGUGGAAACUGCUCACGGCUGUUCCACGCCAAGCGAAUAGAAAACACCAACCUGCUGUUUGUUGUCGCUGAGACGCUGCCCUGUAGCUCCUGUGAGAUAGAGAGGUUGACUCAGGUCAGGACAGAGUUUCAGGAGGAGAAUCCAUGUGAAGUGCUGAGCAACGCACGCUAUCGCAAAGGCCCGACCUCCUGCUUUGAUUACAGUGCCUUAGAGAACACGUCAGAGUGUGGACGAGGUCACUCCCUGCAGUCGUCCAUAGGAGUCCUUCUCUUCAUUGAGCUUCUCCUGCCUCUCUUUCAUCUCUGACACGUGCCAACGCCCAGCCAUGUUUCAUCUCUUUGGGUUGAGGCUCAGAUCUACUGAAGGUUACAAAAAAAACAUUUUCAACUGCAAAGACCACAGACCACUUUGUGCGAGGAGUGAAAAAACUGGAUCGGCUCUUAGUGUUUAGUGCUUUUUUUUUUGUUGUUGUUUUUGCCUUAUUGCUUAUGCAUUUGUUCAUGUUUGAGGGCUCGAGUGCACAACAAGAGAAAUAGAACGUGUUGAAUGUACACACUACAUAAACUAGACACAGGUACAAUAGUAGUAUUUGAUACAUAAUGAAGUUCUGUUUUCAAAAAUAAUUAAUUUAUCAUGCUCUAUAGCCACACAAUAAGUAUUAACAAUCAAUGUAUUAUCAUUUGAACAUAUUAUUGGCAUACGGUUCAAGUCUUAUCUUAGGUAUUCUGUGCAAAAAAAUAGUUGGAGAAAGAAGAAACAUGCACUUAUAAAAACAUUAAACAUUAAUAAAUAAAAUACAAUAAGCUAAACUGCAACACUGCACAUAAAUACAGUACAUGGAUUAAAUAAAUACAACUCUGAGCACAGUUUUUAUUGAGUGAAAACAGCUAAAUAGCACAACUUUGAUCAAACAUUAGUCGUUGAUUAACAUUCAAUUUAGAGCGGUGUUGAAUAACUCAGAAUCUACUGUGUUUUAUAUGAAUCUUAUCAGUAUGGAUUCAGAGUUUCCAUCAUUCCAGUCAUUCUGUGAAAACAGUUUAAAUGUUUUUAAUGCAUGUCCGUGUAAAUAAAUAGGCUUUUCAUGGUUCAAGCUCCCAGCUGUACUUUUGCUAAAAUGCUGCUUAUUGAAACUUUUGCUUCUUCUUGUUGGCUUUUUAACUAAAUUACGUGAACUUCUGCUGCUGCACUUACAGCAGCUCUGGGACAAGUAGAUCUGGGCCUUAACCUCUCAUUCACUUCAGUGUCUUUUCAAUACACUCCUUUGCCAACAAACACACCUUCAGUUCACCUAUGAAUUGCAUCUCGAGUAUCUUGAAUCUUUAAAAUCCAUUAGACGUCUUCACAGGAAGUCAUUUUUUUGCUUUAGAGCACUUUGACAUGAGAGAAGCCAGACGUGUCAGAACUCCGACAUAACACGCACACAUAUCAGUGGCGAAGCAGACGUGCGGUUUCAUUGUGAUCCGAGUCGAGGGUGGAUUUGUUGAGAUGCUUCCACGGAUGUGAUCUUUAAGUGCUUCCAGAAGUUCUUAAAAGAUGUGAAAACGAAGACCAAAAUCAUCAUCAACACCGGUGUUUUUUAAAGUAAAAUAGUCAAAUAUAAGCGCAUAUUCACUUGACUUUAAACAUUCUAUCAGAAUCAAAUGAAGAGGAGUUUACAUGUAGUGUUUUUCUGUGUAGUGUAACGGCACAAAAUGUGCAGAUGUCUGGGUUUUUGUUUUGCUUCCCCUGAUUUUGUCCAGUUUGGAUCGAUUGCACUUCUGUACGCUUCUGUCUGGGGAAUGUAGUAGCUAACCAAACAGCUUUUAAUGUGAUCAGUAUAUUUAGUGUGUUAUGCUUAUUUCAAUGCUCUGUUAGAGAUAUUUCUUCACGUCUUGUUGAAAUCUUGAUGAUUCUCUGUGGCAGAAUAGUUUUUAGGUUUGAUUGUGUGGUUCCCUCGUCAUGACAAGGAUUUCUGAUUUAACCUUUAACACAGACAGUUUAGUCGUGAUGAGAUGAGAAGAAGGGCAUCAGAAGCCACAGAUGCAUCAUUCAAGACAACUUAAAGUCAAAUAUGAUUUUAAUGUAGGUAGACUACACUUUUAACUUCUUUUCAGUCUGGUUUAUGGGGGCAAUCAGUGUGAUAAAAUCCAAAAAUCUGUUUCCCACAGUGAUUUAUCAGCCUCUGACUGUGGUGUUUGAGUUGGUGAAGUGAUUUUUACUAAAGCUUUUUUGACAAAAUAUUUGUAAAGCUCCUGUUUUCCCCUGUCUGCUCUGGUGUUUCACCCUGCAGUGCCUUUGUUGCACUCAUUUUUGGAUGGCUGGAACAUUAAGGAUCUUAGCUGUGUGAUGUCCGUCCUGCAUGCCACGCGAAAGAGACUUGACUCUCCAGGAGUUGCAUUGGUUCAUCUCUUAAAAUGAACAUCUUGUUCUGUGAAUACUACAAAAAAGAUGCUCUUCACUUACUUACGGUAUGAAACACUAUUUAAAGAGCACAAACAGAUGUGUGUGUGUGUGUGGAGCAGCUGGCCUCCCCUCCCGUCUUCUUGCGGACAGAACAAACCCUGCUGUCCUUCUGCUACGUGUUGUUGUUUAUCUGCACACUGUGGUUCAGCCUCGAUCAAAGCACUGUCCAUUUUCAUCUGCUGUAUAUCCAUGUAUGUGGGGAAGAGUAUUAGUGCCACAUGUAAAAAAAAAGAAAAGAAAA